AUGUUUAAGAAUACGUUUCAGAGUGGUUUUCUCUCUAUUUUGUAUAGCAUCGGAAGCAAACCGUUGCAAAUUUGGGAUAAAAAAUAUAAAAAUGGUCACAUAAAACGAAUCACCGACGAAGACAUUCAAUCUUUGGUGCUCGAACUCAUCGGCUGUAACGUGAGUACGACGUAUAUUACAUGCCCCGCCGACCCGAAGAAGACUUUAGGAAUUAAAUUACCUUAUCUAGUGAUGAUAGUCAAAAAUUUAAAGAAAUAUUUUACUUUCGAAGUCCAGAUUUUAGAUGACAAAAAUGUACGUAGAAGGUUCCGUGCGAGCAACUAUCAAUCCACGACUAGAGUGAAACCGUUCAUUUGUACGAUGCCUAUGAGGUUGGACGAAGGUUGGAAUCAAAUUCAAUUUAACGUGGCUGACUUCACCAGGAGGGCUUACGGUACCAAUUAUGUGGAAACGCUGAGAGUUCAAGUUCACGCCAAUUGUCGCAUUCGGCGAGUCUACUUCUCCGACAGAUUGUAUUCCGAAGACGAAUUGCCCGCCGAAUUUAAAUUAUUCUUACCUAUUCAGAACAAAAAUAAGUCGCACGUUUAG